AAGCCCCUCGCUCUCCUCCCAGGUGAUUGGGAAGCGUGUCCCCCCAGACCAGCUGAUGAGCCUCCUGCUCGCCAUGUUUGAGGGGCUGGCAGACCCCGACAAGAACUGCUCCCGUGCGGCCACCGUCAUGAUCAACGCUCUGCUCAAGGAGCGGGGGGCGGUCCUGCAGGACAAGGUGCCCGACAUCAUGAGCAUCAUCCACGGCAAGCUGCAGGAGGUGGACGAGGAGCACGUGCGCAAGGCAGCCCAGCAGACGGUGUACAUCCUGGCAGCCCAGCACACCGCCGUGGUGGUGUCCAGCCUGCUGGGCAGCGCGCUGCCCUUCGACAGCCACACGUGUGCCAUGUGGCGGGCCCUGGCCACGGAGCCCAGCCUGACGGCGCAGAUCCUGGAGCAGCUGCUGGAGAAGGUGACGCGGGACGUGCCCUACAAGGAGAGCAGAACCUUCCUGCUGGGCGGCAGCUCGGAGCGCGUGGCCACGCCGCUGCCCAUGGCCGUGAGUGUCCCUCGUUUCCGCGCUCGGGGCCGUGCCAGGCGUGGGUCUGGAAGGCGGCGUGACGCCUCUCCGCGUUAAUCCGCCGCUCGUAAAACCCGCUCAGGUGUCCGUCCUCGGCGGGGCAGAGAGCG